AUGAGCAUUAGUAACUUCGACUUUCCUUACUGCCAUGAAGUUACAAAAUACGAGAGAUUGCUCAAAAUUGGUCAAGGAACAUUUGGGUAAGACAACGCUUGCUUCCGUUGCAUCGUGUGUUGUGAGCUGUUUACACGCAAUUCCUCAAGAUAUUUCAUCGAUUCUGUACGCUUUUAUUAUUCCUCAAGCUUUACAUUUAAUGAUUAUCGUUUAAUGAGCACUGUUUUUAUUGAUCUGAACGGAAUAUGGGGUCAUAUUCAUAGAUGCUGAUUUUGUGAAUUGUUUAAUUUCCGGAUUUCCCAAUAUUAAAAGCAAGCGACAUUUUUGAUAGCCAAAUUACAACGUAAUGAAGCCGUUAUUGAUAGCGAUAGCCGUUCUUGUUUGAAAUCACAAAUGUGAAACUACAUUGAUAUUGCCAUUCUUGAUUUCAAGCACAAACUGCCAACGCCAUAGGUAACCGCUAAAUUAUGUACACAUUUAUAUAUCUGUGUUGUCAGAAAUGUUGCUUGCUUGAGCUCUGUUAUCACAAUUCACCAGUUGAAAACCUGACUUUUAUAUUCAACUUGAAUUUAAGUUGAAGAUGAAAUAAUAUUUCUGAUAAUUUUCAUCAGAAAUUAUACAUCUAAUUAUUGAUAUUUACUGUGAACAUUUUCCAAUUGAGUAUUGUAGCUAUUACAUAUUUUCAAGUCAAUGUUGCCAAAAUCCAGAAAAAAUGUCACCUUGGCAAUGGGUCAUUCCAGAAAAUAUCCAUACCUCCCCCGAAGAGGAAAUUGUAACUUAAUCCCCCUACCCCCUUCAGAUGUCCUAAUACACUUUAAUUAUCAUCCGAAACAGAUUUUUGUUACCUCCCUCCAGAUGGCAGAAAUGUACUCCGUUGGUGUGGGGGGGGGGGGGAUCUUCUCUGGAACGACCCAAUAGAGCUUUGUAAUCUUAUGAGAUUAUAAAUAUUCUUUACUCGAUUGAAAGUCACAGUAAAACAGGAAACAUCGAAGGAUUAAGAAGCAAAUUAUAUUUGCUUUCAAUUGCUUAUUUCAAUACAUUUCUUUCAAAUGAUUUGCUGCACAGAACAAACAAGCAUGAAUUAUCACUACAUGACUAUCGAGACAAACUCACCAAAGGCACAAAACCAUUUUCUCCAUGUCAAAUGUCUUGCACUUCAUCUCCAAAUCCCUCGUGUCUUUCUGAGUCACUACAAUCAACAGGAAUAAGACUUCUUUAUGCCAAGCCUAUAUUAUUUUUAAAGCUGAUAUGACCAGUAUUGAAUUCCUAUCCUUGCAUAUGAGUAAGAAAUUGCAUCUGAAUAGAUUUUGGAUGUCACAAUGACAAUCAUCUUCAAGCAAUGCAUGUUGUCUUACAACAUUAAUUUAUCACUUCCCAACCUACACAUGACCUUCAGAAUACAGCACACAUUAACCCUUUAAGUGGCAAUGCGCCCAACUUUAUUAUUUUACUUGUCAGUAGGAGAGUGCUACCACUCACUGGAUUAAUCAGACUUCUGCCUAUGCACCCUUUAUUAUUUUACUCUGUUUAAUGCCAGACUAUUUUACUUAUCAGGGGGAGAGUGCUGCCAAUCAUUGGGUUAAACUAUUAAAUUUUCAACCCUUUUAUGAGUAAAAUAGUUGCAUGUUAGACAAUAAAAUAAGAGUAGAGUGCAUUAGUGGCAUUGUAACUGAAUGAGUUAACAAAAUACACAAAAUCUGGGUUGAUAAUAGUCUGGUUUACACAUUAAUCCAUUAAGUUGUAUUACACAUUACUUUAUUAUUUUACUCCAGAUGUCUAACACCAGAUGAUUUUACUUGUCAAGAAGAGAUAGGCUGGCACUCAAUUGUGUUAAUCAGAUUAGCUGCCCAUGUGUCUAGUUAACCCAUUAAGCUGCAUUGUGCCCUAAUGCACCUUUAUUAUUUUACUCUGUCUAACACCAGCCGAUUUACUUGUGAAGAGAGAGUGCUGCUACUCAAUGGUUAAUGGUUUCCUGAUAUGCCAUUCCCUGUUUGAUUAGCACUGAAUGCUUUAUUUCUUCACAGUGAGGUAUUCAAAGCGCAGGAGAGGAAAGGAUCACGACGUCUUGUGGCGCUCAAGAAGGUGAUGAUGGACAAUGAGAAAGAAGGGGUAUAAAUAUUUGCUACUUUAACAAUGUUGUGUUGUUGUGUAUGUAGGCUAAUGUGGUGUUUUUCACCCUCCAUUAGUUUCCAAUCACAGCGCUACGAGAAAUUAAAAUCCUCCAGCUUCUUAAUCAUGACAACAUUGUGAAUCUCAUUGAAAUAUGUCGAACUAAAGGUACAUCAAUUAUUUCACUUUAUGUAAAAUAGACUUUAUCUCCUGUUAUAUUAUCAUGUUCCUUUCAUAUGAGAAGAGCAUUUUCGGUUUGACUUUAUCAAACACCGCAGGUUUUCAAUGAACACUAUCAUCUGUUUUCUCAUGUAGUAAUUAACACUGAGUUAAUAAAAUAUCUGUAGGAAGAACAGUUUAGAAAUAGAGCUACACAGUGUAAAAUAAGCUAGUUUAGUUUAUGUUCCUUCCUGUGGUAACACCUAAUCAAAAAAGGUUUACUCUACUGGACCUCCAGGGAGGACCUUGAGCCAUUGAUGAACAUGCAUAUUCACUGAAGUGGUCUGAUGCCCUACAACUCUCUACUAAAUGAGCUUAGAGUCGAUUGGGGAGAUCACAAAUUCAAAGCUGUAUUUAAUUAAACACACAAUAAAUUCAUGCAUUUUAUCAACUUUAAACAUGAUGAUGGCACAGUUUUUCAACUCAGAGCCAUCAUUAUGUAGACCCACUGCAUCCAAUGAGCCAUAGAAAAAUUGCACUAUAUAAUGAAGGUAACUGGAGUGUUCCAUUAUUCCCCUUUCUGAGUAGCAGUUCAUGUCUUCCAGAUGUCAUACAUGAGCUCUGCAUUAACAUAUCCUGAAAUAUUCAUGAUCUAUGACAUGGAUCUAAUUUUCAAUCUUUUUUCAGCUUCGCCAUACAACCGCAACAAAGCAAGCAUCUAUUUAGUGCUGGAAUUCUGUGAACAUGAUUUAGCUGGCUUGCUCAGCAAUCACCAAGUAAAGUUUAACCUUGGUGAGAUUAAGAAAAUUGCUCAGAUGUUAAUGAAUGCCUUGUACUUCAUCCACAGUAACAAAAUAUUACACAGAGACAUGAAAGCUUCGAAUGUUUUAAUCACCAAAGCAGGGGUGCUGAAACUUGCAGAUUUUGGGCUUGCAAGAGCGAUACACAUCAGCGAAGAGAAGCAGCGUUACACUAACCGUGUCGUUACACUCUGGUGUCGACCGCCAGAGUUACUCCUUGGAGAACGCGAUUAUGGUCCACCUAUUGAUAUUUGGGGCGCGGGCUGUAUUAUUGCUGAGAUGUGGACUCGUACCCCUAUAAUGCAAGGUAGCACAGAACCACAUCAACUUACGUUAAUCAGCCAUCUGUGUGGGUCAAUUUGCCCCGAGGUGUGGCCGGGCGUCGAGCAGAUGGAACUGUACGAGAAGAUGACCUUGGCUCAGGGAUUGAAGCGUCGUGUGAAGGAGAGACUUAAAACUUACGUCGGUGAUGCGAAUGCAUUGGAUCUGAUUGAUAAGAUGUUGUCACUUGAUCCGAAACAAAGGCUCGAUAGUGAUGCGGCGCUUAACCACGACUUCUUCUGGACAGACCCAAUGCCGUGUGAUAUAUCUCGUACCUUAGCACGCCAUAAUACAUCCAUGUUCGAGUAUCUUGCCCCACCACGCAGACCUGGUGGUAUGGCGGCCGCUAAUCGACCCAGAGGUGCUGCAGGUCAGCCCAACACAAGUCAAGCUAAUUCUUACGCAGAUAGAGUGUUUUGAACGAACAUUGGUUUAGUGGUGGAGGAAAGUUUGAUUAUUUAACAUACAGUAGAAAUGGCAUUCCUUACAUUGUUCUUGCGAGGGGGUCGUAUAUAUAUACUUUCAUAUUGUUGUGUCUGAUAAAGUAACUAGUACAAGUAAGCCGACCAAUUAUAGUAACUUGUUAUAGAAAUAAAAAUUUAGGAAAACAGUUAAAAAUACGAUCAGUUAUAAACAGAAAAUUGACUGAAAUAAAAAGUCUAGUGGAAUUGGACACUAGAAGGUUCUGAAUCCCAAGGAUUUAUCCAGCAUGUUGGUCACCGAGGAGCGUGCUUCAUUGGUUCGUUUAUAUAGGUUGUUUAAAAAUUAUUAUAAUUUAUAAAAAAAAUGUAAAAUAGGCAAACAAUAAAAAAAUAGUUUAUAAAGAAAAACAGGAAAAAAAGUUGAUAAGAGAAUAAAAACGGAAAAAAUAAUUGCAUAAAUAUUGGCACUAAGUAUUUACAUGUACGAUUUUAAUACAUUGGGGAACAUAUGAAGUUUCAGUAAGGUUGUAUAUGUUUUGCACAAUGUGAUAGUUGUAGUUUGUAAGUUAGUGAAUUUUUACAAUCUUGGCAAAAUGUCAAAUCUAUUUUCCGUUUUAUACUUCAAUUUUAACUCGUAAGGAAUUGGUAUAGUCAAUGGCUUACGCCAUAUAUUAUAGGUGAACGUCAAAGUGGGGAAUUUGUAGUAGUUGUGGUAUAUUUUUUUGUAUUUAUUUUGGUUGAACGACAUUUUCCAAGCUUGUGACAAUUUAUAUCAUACGUUGUGUUGUAUUAGAGUUGUAUGAAUCGCUGUAUCGUAAGUAAAAUGUUGUAAAAUGUAAUAUAGACUUUUAUACAAAAAAAAACUGAAAAAAAUAUUGUUGUAAUUAGUGCGUAAGGCGUAAUGGUUGGUAUAUAAUUUGUACAUUAGGUUGAUUUCUCUAAGCAUUAUCCAGUAGAUUGGCAAUAGAAAGUAAUGGAAAUGAGAUAAUUUUUCAUUGCUUGAACUGUCAAGGGCCGGUUGUAUAAAACUCUUAAUCACUUUUUUAAUCGCUAUUUUGUAGUUAAAUAGUGAUUAACUCUCAAAUAGCCUAUUAUUGGAUGACAUUUCCACUUAACUAUGUUUAACUUUAAUCACUUUUUUAUACAACCGGCCCCAGGACGGGCGAGACUAGGGAUAUAUUGCUAUAAUGUUAAAGUUAUUUUUCUAGUUACUCAUAUUAUUGUAUACUUUGUUCUUUGUGUUUCCAAAUAUUCAAUCAUGUAAUGGGAAGUAAUGAAAAAUAAAUAAUUUAACUAACAAUCUGGUUUUCGCUGCGUUUGAUGCAAAUAAAUCAUAGUUGCGGCAUGACGAUUGUGGGGUCAUGAUUCAAGAUGGUCACGAUCUGGAAAAAAGUGACCUCAGUCCUCAGCUUCCUAGCAAGAAAAUUGAAGGGCAUUUUCAAUUUUUCACAUUGUAUCAUAUUUUCUUAUCUGUCAUUUGAGACAUCAUAAAUACAGUCGAGCAUACUCUGACGUGACGUCAUUUUCGGAAGAUGGAAGAGGUGUUGAAUGGCUAUGUAACAAACCCUACUCAUUCAUGACCAUCAACCCCUAAACCGCAACCCUAACCAAAUUACUGAAAAAAAAUCCAAAAAGGAAACCACUUAAGAAAUUGAUUAAAAGACGUAACAUCAGUGAUGGAAAUGGGAUUAAUGGCGUUUUUACGUUUUAAAUUUUCCACCGUUUUUACGCACUUUUGAGGAACAUUUUGAAAAAGGCAAAUUCAGGAUCCGAUCUACCCUGGAUUCCAGAGCCUUCGAUAGUAAAUAAUAAAUUGAAAUGUCGCGAAGGCUCUGGUUCAACGGGGCGAUUCUUUGAUUAAGCCGCGCCAAUCACAAAACAGAAUUAGUGGUUUUAGUACAGAUUCUGUACUAAAACCACUAAUUCUGUUUUGUGAUUGGCGCGGCUUAAUCAAAGAAUUGCCCCGUUGAACCAGAGCCUUCGCGACAUUUCAAUUUAUUAUUUACUGUCGAAGGCUCUGGAAUCCAGGGUAGAUCCGAUCCAAAUUCAUUAAACACUUCCAGAUCCGUCAACCUCGUUCCAAAUCUGUCUAUGGGUUUUACUAAGGGUGACAGUGAAUAGUCACUUUACCAACAAAAACAGUUACCAGAGUGACUCAUUGUUUACUUUAUGUAUUGACCUUGUGUUUGGUGGCAAAUACUGGUACAUGGUAAAUGACAUUGCUCACUACCAUUUGAAGCUGACUUUGACUACACUAUCAUCACUCGUGGUAUAUAAACACAAUGCAUCCAGAUUUAAGAAUGGCUACACUGUUGUUAAAAUGGUCCAUUAACCAUCACUCCAGUUCUACUACGAUAAAAUGUCUGCGCUUUUGUAGAAAAGGUCGAUCGACCAUCUCCAGUUACAUAUAGAGAUCAUCGGGUGUUGAUAAAUGGAAAUAUAGCUUGAUAAUACGGUAUGAAACGGGAUAUUGCUAUGCAUGUUCAACUUUAUCCUAUAAUAACAACUUACUUUCUAUACGUUCUCGAAUUAUUCCAAUAUGGCCGCUUAUUCAAGCCGAAUUUACAGUUUGAAGUAUUUUGGCGAUAUUUCACGUCCUAAAGUUAUAAAAUCACUGAUUGAUAAACAACAAUGUAGUCGUAGGUUGAAGAAGUGUUAUUCCAGUGAAUCUAGGGAGGUGCCACUCAGCGAGCCGUUGCCAAAUGUGGGGGUAAGACCCCCUAGUUCACCCGGCGCUCCUGUAGGAGGGGCGUAUGUAACCAGAAUGACUACGUUAGAGAAUGGCUUGAAAGUUGCAUCAGAGGAGAGUUUUGGACAGUUUUCUACCGUCGGAGGUUUGUGCGCUUCAUUUGUAUCGACGUUUAUUUCUUCAUCUGAUUUACGUGUUGUGCAAUCUAACAAACUUAUGUCUCAAUCAAUUCCAUGGGUGCCCAACCCCUCCCCGGGCGUUUGUCGGGCAUUUGUUAUUUUAGCGGAAAAACGUUGCAAAUGCCCCACUAUGGGGUGCAAAUAAUGCAACAAAAUCCCCACCCUUGGGGACUUACAUUGACACAAAUGCCCCACCAUUGGGGGCCAAAGGAUUUCUGAUAGACUGAGGAUUUCUGAUCCAAAAAAUCGAAUGCAAGCUCUAUCACGUAUCAAUAUAUCUGUAUUUAAAAUCGAUUCUGUAGCCAUUUCGUUUCAAAACGUUUUUAAUUAAAAUAUUGAAGUCUCAAAACUUUAUAUAGCAAUAUCAAACUGAGGAAGUAAGUCAAUGUAUCAACAGGAUGGACAAGAAAAAAGUCUUUGUGUGUAUGUCCGCCAUGAUUAAUUUGCAAUACGCAUGCACAUGUAAACAUGCGCACUAAAGUACGGCUAAAUGGCGAAACAAGCGAUAAACAGUUCGACUUUUUAGCCUCGAGCAAAUUCCCCACCCCGGGGCUAACCUGCAGAAAGCAGAUGCCCGACCCUGGGAACAAGUACAGUUGAGAAUGCCUGACAAACGCCCGGGGGGGUGUUGGGCAACCAUGGAAUUGAUUGAGACAUUAUGACGUAAUAUCUAGUUGCGCACAUUCAUUCAUAGAAACAGAUUGUCUGUCAAGAAGUAUAAAACAUCACAACAAACAUUUGUCAUAGUUUAAACACAUGAUAUGCUAUCUAGACGAACUAGCUAGGAUAGCAUGAUCAGGGUGGCUUACUGUAGUUCACAAAACGAAACGAAACGAAUCUGCACUUUGCGAAACUGUAAUUUGCGAAAUCUGCAGUUUGCGAAAUCUGCAGUUUGCGAAAUCUGCAGUUUGCGAAAUCUGCAGUUUGCGAAAUCUCUAGAUAGAUUGCUAUUCAAAUUUGCAGUUUGCCAAAACAUAUAGCAGAAAGUAAAAAAAAUGUUUACCUUUUCGAAAGUUUUCGAUGCGAUCACCAACAUUUUUAUGUCAAACCUCGCGGCUGCGAUCCACUUGACCAUGCAUCUGAAGAAUUUCCGGGAAAAUACCAUAGUCAGGGCAAAAUUUCCAAUCAAUUUGCUGGCAAUGGUGUAUUUUCAAUCUUAAACUUUUGCAUUUUGCAGUCUCAGACAUAUAAUUAUAUAAAGAAGUUUAUUUGACACUGCCACUGAAAUAUAACUAAUACAAGUAAAGCAAUUUAUUGUGAUAACAUUUUAUCGCAAUUAUGACUUCGUGUAGUCAGGUAGGUUCUUAAUUAUAACUAGGUUAACUUGCACAGAAUUUAAUUGUACUGUUGACGCCUCGCCCUCGGAACAUGUGAACAUUUUUAUUUUACCCUAAACUACAGAUAUUUCGCAAAUUACAGAUUUCGCAAACUGCAGAUUUCGCAAAUUACAGAUUUCGCAAAUUACAGAUUUUGCAAACUGCAGAUUUCGCAAACUGCAGAUUUCGUUUCGUUUCGUAAACUACAGUUUCACAAACUACAGUAAGCCGAUCAGGGUCAUAUUAACUAGAUGGGACAAUUGGUGGAGGGGCAGCGAUGGGGGUGCAUAUUCAUAUUUUCAUGUUCACAUAUGUAAAAACAAUCGCUUUCAAAAGGAAUCAGUAGGGCAGAACACAAAUAUAUGAAUAUGCAUCCCCAACCUAUAUUGCCAGUGGAAUAAUUCAAACAAACCAACUUUCCACACUGGUAACUAAUGGUUGUGGUAACCCAGGGUGCACUCUUAGAGAUUACUUCACAGUCUUAAGAGCACGCAGAACUGUCUAUUUUGACAUGGAUUUUAGUCCACAAAAGUAAACUUUUUUGAAAUAUUAGCAUGAUCAAGGGCAAAUGUUGGCAUAUCUCCGUCAUGGAGUUUACAUGGAAUAUGCACCUUGGUUGAUCAGGCCUGCAAAUUACUGUUGGACAACGGACAAUGUCCGACUAAAUUUGGCAAAUGUCCGAGCAAAAGUAAUUUUGAUCGGACAUUGGUCAGAUCACAAAAAAAAAUUGUCACAUACAUUUUUUUGCUGUGACAAAAUCUGAUUGCAAAUUCACUCAAUUUGCAUUUUGCAAUAAAAUUUACGAGGCAUUCUAGCAUUUUACUUUACGUUGCGCUGGAAUGGCUAAUACAAUACUUGUCUCGUGACUUAUAUAUAUCUUGUGAUGUGUAUAUAUAAUGACGUAUAUAUAAUGUCCGACCAAAUUUAAUUUAGUGGUGUUGGUUUUUGUCCGACCAAAUUCAAGUUAUGUCCAACCAAAAUUAAAAGUGAUCAGACAAAUGUCCUGUCAAGUCAAAUAUUUAUUUGCACCCCUGUUGAUGAACCAUGCAGAUAGCGAAAUAUUUUGAUGAAUAAUAGAUAAGAUAGAUGUACAAAUAUACUCAAAUAUAUUAUUAAAAAGAUAUAUAGUAUCACAACUCGAUAAAUCUUAAAAUCAUUUGUUAAUUUAACCCAUUUAUAGCCCAAACAUUUUUGAGUAUAUAGUUUCUUGUAUUUACAUGCAGUUCUCAUUGAUGCUGGUUCUCGAUAUGAAGUUGAUCAUCCCAGUGGAGUGUCUCAUGUUAUUGAGAAAAUAGCUUUUAAAGUAAGCCAUAUGAAGAGUCCAGACUUUAUAGCUCAAUGGUAGAGUGCUUCACAGGAAUUGCAGGACCGCAGGUUCAAUUCCUGCUGGAUGGCCUAUAUGAUUGUAUUUUUCAAGUCUAGAAUAUUUAGUUUUUUGCAUGAAAUUUUCAUGAAAUAAAGAAACUCUUAGAUUGUCCACCAUAGGUGGCUGGAGAUCACAAGGGGUGUAGUCUAUAGUACUUUCUAAUUUAAAUAUUUAGAAUACCGAACAGUUUAAAUCAAAUGAAGAAAUCUUGAAUGAGCUUGAAAAGCAUGGUGGGAAUGCUGAUUGUCAGUCAUUUAGGUAAAAUGUUUAAGGCCUGUUUACACUUGUAAUUUUUGCUGCGAUUUCAGGUACGAUUUUCUUCUUCUGAUGGAUGUGAACAAGUAGAUGAAUUGUGAAUGUGUCAAGUAUGUUUAACAUCAUCAGUCAUCAUCUGAACAUUCAUAACUCAUCCACUUGUUUACAUCCAUCAGAAGAAGAAAACGCGCCUUAAAACUGUUCAGAGGGCUGCAGAUAUAUUGAGAGAGAUCUAUCUGAAAAAUAAUUCUGCUUGCAAGGAUUAAUUCUGCUUAAUAUUUUAGGCAGUUGUGCAUUCUCAAUGUGCAUUCUACUGGUUUCUUUAGCCAAGAUUUAUUCUUCUAUAUUUCAGGGAUGCUAUAGUGUAUGCAACAUCUACAUUUACUGAAGGUUUACACACAGUUAUGAAUAUUUUAUCUGAUGGAAUUUUUAGACAAAAUAUUGACGACGAUCUUGUAAGCAAAAGCACUUGUCUUGACCUGGUUAUAAAUAUAAAUUUUGUGUUACUUAGAUAGAGAUACAUUCUUGUAAUUAAAUUAAUAAUCAUUUGUAUUAAAUGAGACAAAGAUGGAAAGGUUCAUCUGAUCAAGUAGGUGUGCUAUACACCUGUUUCGUCUUGCCAUGCAGAUGAUCCAUUGGUUUGCAGUGUUUAUAAACCCAUGAAUGAUGAGAUGAACUUUAUCUUUUCUUUGACCAAGUUCUUCAAGACAAAUCAUUGUCCUCCACUGAUGAUUGAAAACAAAUCCUAAUGAGAAACGGACUUAAGUUGGAUUAAAUAAAACAUACCCAAUAUAUUUAGGUGUCAAGACAAAAAGAGGUCGUUGAAUUUGAACUGGAAAAUUUGGAGUUGAGUCCAGACCCUGAACCUAUUUUAACAGAUUUAAUACAUGCAGUAAGUAUUGACUGUCAUUUGACAGCUGCUUGUAAAAUCAGUCAGACAAUCCUUGUGUUUAAUUCCAACUAGUGUAUCCCAACAAACAUACUGUGGUGAACGGUGAUGUAUUUGGUCAUUUGGUUUGUCUAUAUUCCUCUUGGAAGUACACAAUUUCCAAAUUGGAACUGAAAGCUUUAGCAAUUUAAUGCGCAUUUAUUUUGACAAGGCUUUCUAUUGGUAAGAUCUGUUUAUCGCCCUGAAAACCUCGAUAACAAGACUACGUAUUGGGAAGUAAUGCGCACAGUGCCACAGUUGAAAAUGCGCGUGCUAAUCAUGAACAGAAAAUUUUUAUACCCCAUUUUUAAUAACAAAGUUCUUAUACUUUGAUGCUUGUGAUGUUACUCUGAGUGUAUAUCCACACCGGGCAGGCUUGAAAAAUAUGCCUGCAUGGCCACGGUGGGAAUCGAACCUACGACCUUUGGAAUACUAGCCCAAUGCUCUGCCAACUGAGCUACGCGGUCAGGUCGGUUCGAAUAAGUGAUAUUUCGGAACAGAAUCUAGUUCCUUCGAUAUCAAUGUAAUCUAAUAAUCAUGAUAUUUGCUGUCUUGGUGUAAUGUACUCAGGUGAAUAAGAUGCUUGUGAUAUUACUCUGAGUGUACUUCUUAUACUUUUGACAAAUGUUUGAGAAUGCGUAAAGUAUUGGAAAUUUAGAUUAUUGAAAGUGAUGAAUUUUUGGCGAUAAAAUCAUUAUUUCGUUAAUCUUUUCAUCAUUUUAGGCGGGCUAUCGAAAUAACACAUUAGGGUUACGCAAACUAUGCCCUCGGGAAAAUCUCGCCGACAUAAAUGCGUCAGUUAUUAAGGACUAUAUGUCGCGGUAUUAUGACCCAUCAAGAAUGGUUAUUGCUGCAGUAAAUGUGAACCAUGAGGAAGUUGUUGAGCUGGCCAGGAAAUAUUUUGUCAACCCAAGAACAACAUGGAGCCAAGACAACGAAGCGUUGCCUGAUAAAUCUGUCGCACAGUUUACUGGAGGAGUGAUCACAGUAUGUAUAUUGUAUUCAUUUUAUUGCUGGUACAUUGGUUAUACCGUGCAUGCCUUCCACUUCUGUCACCUCUUGAAUAACUAAUUUUCUCCAGGUAGACAUUGCUUUUACUGGACCUCCAGGGAGAACAGUUGAGAACUGAUAGAGCUAUCCAGUAUAAACCAGUCUAGCAAAGGCAGUCUAGUGUUAUGCUAUAUAAGGAAAACAGAACUAUCUAGUAUAAACAAUGUUACUUUAAUUGAUUUUAUUUUCCCUUUAGGAUCAUCGCACAGAUCCACAAAUAAACAUCGGACCUACCCCACUCCCAGAUCUAGCUCAUGUUUCACUUGCUUUGGAAAGUGCAUCUUUUAAUGAACCAGAGUUCUUCGCUUUUGCUGUUCUGAACGCCCUCAUGGGAGGAGGGGGUUCCUUCUCUGCUGGGGGGCCCGGGAAAGGCAUGUAUUCAAGACUGUAUUUGAAUGUUCUGAAUCGCUAUCACUGGAUCUACGCGUGUACGGCAUUCAAUCACAGUUACAUGGACAGUGGGAUAUUUUGCAUCAAUGCAAGCUCGCAUCCCAAUCAGGUGCGUCGAAGUCGAAACUUUGUAAUUGCUUUAGGAUUGGGAAUAGUCGCAACGUCACAAGUAUCUCCGAGUGACCAAUGAGUGACCGGAUGAAAUGGAGAACAGUGACAUUUCAAAGCAAUGAACCAUUUCGACCACGAAGUUACUAUAGUAGAUAUUACUCCCCAUCUGCCGCCUGGUAACGGUUGAAUCACUGGUUUAUGCUGACUUUUACUGAGGGCUUAACUUUCCAUGGGAGCUUCGUGGAUUUUUAUGUAGAUAUUUAAGCAUUUGUUUGUUUUUUUCUGUAGAUUUCCAAUCUUGUUCAGAUACUCCUAUAUGAAUAUUUUAACUUGAUACGUGGAGAAUUUAGUGAUGUGAGUUGCGUUUUGUUGAAUCCAAGGAUUGAUAGUUACUGAGAAUUCUGUUUUUACGCCAGACUUUCCUGUUUACAACUUUCCUUCUUGCUCCCCCUAUUUGUCUUUUAUGUUUAAAUGUUGUCUUUGUUUUUGUGAAAAAUCCAUUUGAGAAAUAGCGCGAGAAAUGAAGAAAUGAUAAUAAUAAACUUUAUUUAAAGAAGGUCAAGUAUUCACAAAAACACGCCAGUUUAUUAACUAUAGCUAAUCUUGUUCUGGACAUUGAUAUCAUAAAUUAUCAAUUUCCUUUUCAAGGAGGAGGUGUCGCGAGCCAAGAAACAACUACAAUCAAUGUUAAUGAUGAACUUAGAGUCGCGUAUUGUCAUGUUUGAAGAUAUUGGAAGGUUAGCUAUAUCCUGUUAGUCUUAAAUAUCCAUCCAUGAACGGUGCACAGAUUUUGCUAACUGAUAAAUUUGACUGGUUCCAUUAUUUUUGUUCUUUUUAGACAAAUUCUGGGACUUGGAAUGCGAAACUCCGCGCAGGAACUGUACGAGAAAAUUGGUAAAAAAAUUUUUUUGUGAAUUACGGUUAUGAUGCAUGGGGCUUGUAUAUAUCAUGGCUUUAAGAAUAUUGAAGAAUAUUUUCCCAUCAUUUCUUUCACCAUUUCCGUGAUUAUACAAUAAUCUUGUACAACACCGCUGCUCAUGCCGUAUACAUAUAUAUUACAUAAAUAUGCCACUGAGAAAAAUCGCAUUUAAGCACACAUACAAAAUACAAUAUUUUUACGUGUGAAAAUAUCAUUUUUGCAAGCCAAUCAAAAAGCGCGUAGGACAUAUGUUUGACCAAUCAGAGAACUUGUUGUAAAACGCAUUGCCACGGAUGUUUUAUUGUUUUUCAAUUUUGUUUAUAUAAUAAACAGAAAGUACAUGGGUGCUUGGAAAUACCAGAUUUAUCCGCGCACCCAUGUAUUAUUCUGAACUAUUCUCUAUAUAUUACAGUAUUCUAAUGUAAUGUAAUGAAGGAUUUCUUUUUGUAAUUUCAGAAUCAGUCACAAUCAAAGACAUGCGGAGAAUAUCGGAAAGAUUGCUAGAAUCUAAACCAGCCCUGGCUGCUUAUGGAGACUUGAGUAAAUUACCUUCAUUUAAAGACGUUGAGAAAGCUUUUGUGAACGAUGGCAAACUGCCUUCUGCCUCGAGAUUUUUCUUAUUUAGAUGA